GCCGCUCCCGCACAAUGACCUCCCGCAGCACUCACUUCGAGGUCCAGCCCUCCACCGACGCCUUCGACGUCCCUCCCAUCUGCAGCAGAUACGAAGGUUACGACGACGAUGAGUACCUCUCGCUCAGCCGGCGCCGCCGCUUCGUCGUCGACCUCGACGAAGACAGCCCUCCUUCCUCCCCCACCUUGCUCCGGCUCAGCAGGUACUCUUCGUCCCUCGCCCGGCAGUCUCGGCUGCACACCAAGUCCAUCUACCGUCGCGGCAGCGCUUCCCUCGCUGCACCUUUGGGAUUCAAGCACGCGGCUGCGGCUGCGGCGUCUUCAAGUUCAACGGAGGCCGUCAUCCUUGGCCAGGCGGCGGAUGAGAAUCCGCUGCUGAGGCCUCGCCAUCUGUCCUGCGGUGCUUCUGCCAGCGCCUCCCUCCGGUACACACCGGCCCCGGCUGCAAGAACGGUGAGCCCGGUCGCC